AUGAUUACACAUGCUGAACAAUUACCAAUUGAAAUAUGGUUAUUAGUUUUUCGUCAUUUAGAAGCACAUGAUCUUUUUUAUGCAUUUCAAAAUUUAAAUCAUUUUUUUAAUCAAAUACUUUCUUCUAAUUAUAUUUCAUUUUAUCUUCAAUUAAGAGAAAAUGAUAAUAAUCAUUUGCAAUAUCCAAUUAAUCCUUAUUGGUCUGAUUCAAUACUCAAUCGUAUUCGUUUUCUACAAGCAACUAGUCAAAGUGAACAUGAUUUUUUUCCUCAAUUUCUUCGUUGGCAUGUUAAAAAACUUAUUCAAUUACACAGUUUAUCAAUUAUGAUAUAUCCACGAGAUAUACCAUAUAUUUGUAUAGCUUUAAGAAAAUUUCAUUGUCUUGAAUAUCUUUCAAUAAAAUGUAUACCAAAUCAAAUGUUACUUGAAGCUAUACUUGCUGUUCCUACUUUACGUAUAUGUCAUCUAUUACUUAGAAAAGUAGUGGUCGAUAUUAAUUAUCGUUUAGGUACAAAUAGUAAUAUUAAAAAAUUGUUUAUCGUUUUCUUUCAUAAUGUAAAUCAUUCAAUUAUUAAUUUACUUUUAAGUCAUAUGCCAAAAUUAAACCAACUUGAAAUUUGUGGUUCUUAUUCUAAAUCUGAUCGAGUAUCAUUAUUUGCUGAACCAUUAUUUAUUCUUCCAGAACUUGAAAUAAUUAAACUUAAUUUAGAAAAUGGUUCUUGUACAUCGGAUUGUUUCAAAUAUUUACAUAAAAUAAUGCCUUUUCUAAAAAAUUUUUAUUUUAAUUAUUAUAAUCAUUUCUUACAUGAAACAUUCAUUGAUUAUUUCAAUACUUAUUGGUGGUCAAUUAUAGAACAAAUUGAAAAAAUUAAUAUUAAUAUUAAUGGUCAUAUACCUAUUAAUACUAUUAACAACGAUAUAGAAACAACUUUAGAAAAAAAUCGAACAUGUUUACUUGCCAAAAAUAAUCAAUCUGAUGGACAUGUUAAUAUUACAUGGACUGAACAAACUUUAACAAAAUUCAAAGUUAUUGAAAUUACAAUUCGAAAAUCUUAA